AUGGGAAACAAAUAAUCUAAUGAAAAACAAAUUUAAGAGUCAUAAAUAUCCUAAAACUCAGCCAGAGAGAGCUAAUUAUCUAAAUCUAAUAUAACUAUCAAUAAAGUAUCGAAAUAAGAAUUACUUUCUUAAGAAUUAAUAUAUCCAUCCUCUGAUGAUUGCCCAUCUAAAAUAAAUGUAACUUUAAAUGGAAUCACUUUUUGGAGUAAUUAUGAUUCUGGGAAUCUAUAUUAUGUGGAAUAAGUUGAAGCAGCCACAUUUAAUUUAAGCAUAUCAGAAGAUUGUCAAGGAAGAAUUCCUCCAGUAUAAUCCAAUAAAGGCACCAGAUAAUGGUUUAAUUUUAAAGUUGUCUCUGUUGCUGAUUGUUAAGCAAACUUUGUUAUUGUCAAUAUAGCAACCAGAUUUAAAAAAAUUUGGACAAACGAUUCCGAUAUUUAUGUGAAGAUUAACAAAAUAUGGAGUAGAUAUCCAGCAGUAUAUCAAGGAUUUUAAGUGAAGUUUUCAUUCGAAUUUAAAGCUAAUUAAAUUGUUUAAUUUGCUUAUAUGCCACCUUGGUCUUACAAAAAGAAUUAAAAGUUUUUUGACUUUUAUUUUUCUUAAUUACAUCCUGAUAUCUAUUUCAGAAGAGAGACUAUUGCACAUUCAUUAGAAGGAAGAAACAUUGAAUUAAUUACUAUCACUAAAGAUGGGCCUCACGAGUAACAAGAGUAUUAUUGCCCAGAAUAUUUAUUUCCAGAUAAGUAAUUAAAUGAAGGGUUAAUAAAAUUCAAGAAGUAAUAUAUUUUAAUUUCAUGUCGUGUCCAUGCAGGGGAAGUACCAUCGUCAUUUAUUUUGAAAGGAAUUCUUGAAUCCUUACAAAAUUAUAAUGAAUCUGCUAAGUUUUUACUUGAAAACUAUGUUUUUUUAAUCAUUCCAAUGCUAAACCCAGAUGGAGUUUAUCGUGGUCAUUAUAGAUUAGAUUCACUGGGAUAUGAUGAAAAUAGAGUUUACAAUAGAAUUGUAAAAUUUCCAAAAUUUAAUGGUCCUUUGGCAGUCUUGGAAACAUGUAAAAAUUACAAUGUAGCCUUCUAUAUUGAUCUCCAUGCGCACAGUGUACUUAGUAAUAGCUUUGUUUAUACAAAUUGGCAUCCUGAUCCAUCUAUUCAUCAAGCUAUACUAGAAUUCCCUAAACAAUUGAAAUCAAAAGUAGUUCAUUUUCGUAUAAAGGAAGCUAUGUCAACCUAAAUAAAUUAUGAAAAAAAUUAGUAUGAAAUUGAAGGAAUUUACACUGAGAAAGCAGAAAAUUUUUAAAAAGCACCAGACCUCAAAAUUCACUUCACAAAGGAGAAUCUAGUACCUUAAAGUAUGAAUGAUGAUUGUCCAUAUUCCAUAAAUCCAUAUUUGACAGGAGUUGCAAAAUCUGAUGUUUAUCUUACAACACAAGUGAUGUUUAGUUAUACUCUAGAAGUUAACUACCGGUUUUAUACAAAAAACAAAUAAGUAUUUAAAUAUGAGAUUAAUGACUUUGUUAACUUAGGAAGAGAUAUUAUAGAAUCACUUUAUUAAGUUCAUCAAAAUUAAGAUUUUAUCUAAAUAAAAUCACAACUAGAAUCAAAUAUAUUUAACUGA